AUGGCUCCUACCAACAAAGCCGCUUGGACCGUCGCCGAGAAGGCCUACCCACUCGAGGUCAAGGAAGCUGAAUAUACCCAGCCUGUCGACAAUGAGAUCGUCGUCAAAGUCCAUGCAAUCGCAUUGAACCCAGUUGAUUUUGCCCGCCAAGCCAUGGGUUCCAAGCUCUUCCCUUGGACAAAAUACCCCACGAUCUUCGGCACUGACGUUGCUGGAGAAGUCGUCGAAGUUGGCUCACAAGUUGCUGGCAGCUACAAGGUCGGCGACCGAGUUGUUGGUCUUGGUAACGGCUUGGAGAGCAACCGUCCGUCCGAUGGCGCUUUUCAAGAAUACGUCGUCCUCCGUGGAGACCUGGCCGCACACAUCCCUGAGAAUGUGACCUACGACAUGGCUGCCGUUAUUCCCCUCGGCAUCGCAACAGCCGCCAGCGGUCUUUUCACCGAUGACCAGCUCAAGUUGGAUCUUCCAACAUCCCCUGCCAAGCCAAAGAAGGACGAAUGGGUCUUGCUUUGGAGCGGUGCAUCAAGUGUUGGUAGCAACGCUAUCCAGCUGGCAGUCGCAGCUGGAUACCACGUUAUCACAACCUGCUCACCAAAGAACUUCGAUUUCGUCAAGAGUCUGGGAGCCGAUUACGCAUUUGACUACAACAGCCCCACAGUCGUGUCUGAUAUUGUCGACGUCUUCAAGGGGAAGAAGAGCGCCGGCGCCUAUGCUAUCGGAUUUGUCGCUGCCAAGCCUGUUAUUGAAAUCAUGAGCCAGAUCACUGAAGGCAGCAAGUACGUUGCUGCAUCCAAUAUGCCACCAUCAGACCUCCCAGAAGGUGUGACCUCCAAGAUGGUUUUCGGCAGUGCUUUGAAGAACUCUUCUCUCGGUGGUCACAUCUUCAAUGAGUUCGUGACGAAGGGUCUUGUUAAUGGAAAUUACAAAACUGCUCCGGAGCCCAAGAUUGUAGGAAAGGGUUUGGAGAGCAUUCAACAGGGACUCGAUACUCUCAAAGCUGGUGGCUUGUCUGCAACUAAACUUGUUGUUACUCUGUAA